AUGCUGCUAUUCCAUGGAACAACUCCCACACCCUGCUCGACGAUAUGCCUCAACGAUGCCCAAACUCAAUUGCUGACAAAAAGGGCUGUUACUCUUUCUUCCACUCGACUUACUGCAGGCCCGAAAUUCGCUGCUGUGCUAGCGGCAGCCGGGGCCCCUCGCAUUAUUGAGGUGGCAGCCCCACAAGAGCCGGAGGAGACUCUCUCAAACAUACCGCAGUCGUUAUCGAGUGUGUGCGCUCCCGGACAGCAGGACUGCAAGAAAAGGUACAAAAUCCAGCGGCCCAAAUCGAGAAAAGCUGAGGGAUGUACCAGUAAAUGCACAGCCACUUGCAUGCAGGGUGGCUUCGGUUCUCCCGGCGACGGCCCUUUCAGUAUGAGAAGGCCUCUAGUUGUCUUCAAGGAUGGGUUUCGGAGCCGUAAAUAUUGUUUGUCAGAGUGUUCUGAUAUCUGUAACUUGAUUGGAGAUGGUGAUGAUGGACCCUGACCCUUGCUUCAUACAUUCUUUCUGCUUCCCUUUAGCUAUUUCCCAACUCUUUAAAUGCAAGAUUUUACAGGUAUGAUCAAGAUUUGCCUGUCAAUAUAUAUUCACGCAGAUCAUGUUAUGAUCUUGAAACUGUUCCCUUUUCUGCAUUGUAUACAAAUCAAGUACGGCCGAAUCAGAUCAAUCAUAAAGCUAAUCAUACGACAAGUAUAUUACAUUUAUCAUAUAAUUGGAUCAGAUCCUGUCAAACCCGAUCUGGGUCAGAAUUUUUUUAUACCAACUUGUAUGAUUAUUUCAUAAU